AUGGCGCUCAACGGCCCGGGUGUCUAUCACCGCACCCGAGAGCAUGAACAAGAAGACGCCUCAAACAUCACCAAGAACAUCCUCGCCGAAUCAUGGAAAUCAUGGCCCAACGAAGCCGCUUUCGACCGUCUUGAAGAACAUCGCGGCCCUCUUCGACUAACUCUCAAAGGCACCAUCCCCUCAUGGGCAGCUGGUUCUCUCUACCGCACUGGUCCCGGCCAAAGUCGCGUUGAAGAUACGGCCCGCGGCACACACUUCACAACACACUGGUUCGACGGCUUCGCACAAACUCAUCGCUUUGACAUCGUCCCCUCUGAGGGUGGCCAGACACAAGUGUGGUACUCGUCGAGACGACAGGCUGAUGAGUGGAUUGCUGAUGUAAAGAAGAAAGGGUGGCGAUCUGGCAUGACGUUUGGGCAAAAGGCGGAUCCGUGUGUUGGGAUCUUUGCGAAAAUGAUGACUGUUUUUGAGCCCAAGUUGGGGAAUCAUAAUGUUGCGCUUCUGGCGAAUGUUCCUGGUGUGCCGGAGGAUGAGAAGGCGGAGGAGUCGAACGGAGUGACGGGCCCUCUUGGACAUCGUGUGAACACGGGUAAUCUGUUUGUUUCGACAGAUUACACUGGAAUACGCCGCAUCGAUCCUUCAACACUUGAACCAUUAGGCGAGACCACGCAAUAUGAUCUUCACCCUUCUCUCAGCGGACCUUGCUCCUGCUCCCACGCCCAGCGCGAUCCCGAUACUGGAGACCUAUUCAACUUCAACCUAGCAUUUGGCCGAGUUCCAACAUAUCGCAUAUUUCGAGUGGACGCUGCUUCAGGAGAGACAGAGAUCCUCGCCACAAUCUCCGAUCUCAACGUCCCGCCCGCAUAUAUGCACAGUUUCUUCCUCACAGAGAACCACGUUGUGAUAUGCAUACCAGCAUCGCACUACGCGUGGAGAGGACUCAAGACACAAUGGGAGGGAAACAUCAUUGAUUCAAUGAAGCCAUUCGAUAAGGAGAGGAAAUGCAAGUGGCUAGUUGUUGAUCGACGACAUGGAAAGGGGCUUGUCACAACGUUCUCAACACCCGCUGGCUUCUUCUUCCAUAGCAUCAAUGCUUUCGAGGAAAAGUCCGAAGAUGAAGAUGGAAAUGAACAUACAGAUCUCUUCUUUGAUAUGGCUAAGUAUGAGAACAUGGACAUCAUCAAGGGCUUCUACUACGAUGUUCUCAUGGAUCGCAACGACUCUACGAAGAAAUAUUGGUUCGAGAAUGAUCGGUACAAGAAUUGUGCGCCGACUCUCACAAGAUACCGCUUUAGAAUACCCCCGACACCAACACCAGAUACAACAGUCUCCUCCAGCGCAGAAGAAGUCCUCGCUAUUCCAAGUCCACACGCCGGCGAGCUCCCAAGUAUUCACCCCCUACGCAACGGCAAACCCUAUCGCUACGUCUACAGCGCCUCACUGCGCGGUCUAACAACCUCCGUCGACGCGCUGGUCAAGACAGACUUAAAAACCAGCGAAGCACUCAUCUGGACAGGACCUGAAGGACAUACCCCUGGCGAGCCCGUGUUUGUGCCGAGACCUGGAGCGGAGGAAGAAGAUGAUGGGAUUAUCUUCAGUCUGGUGGUUGAUGGAGUUAAUGAGACGGCGUAUAUACUGUGCUUGAAUGGCAAGACGAUGGAGGAGAUGGGGAGGGCAGAGGCUGAUUUUGCGAUUGGGCAGGGAUUUCAUGGUAUUCAUUUGCCAGCUGCUUAG